AUGCCUUCUGCGGUGGUCAAAACAAACAACGUCUCAACCUCAGUCCUCCAAGAAGGCUCCCCUCAUCGCUCCCGUCGUCUCUCAUUACAGGUUCUGAAUCGAAACAUCCAUCAGGUCGUCCUGGGAAACUUGCUUUUCGAUGCGUGGUAUUAUUCGCCCUACCCUGACACCAUCAUCGUCCCGCAACCAGGCGGCGGCUCGGCAUCAACAGACCUGAGAAAUGGCCACUCUCACGGCCAGCUGGGCAGAUUUCACAGUGUGAUAAAGACAGAGGAGCCGACCUGCCGCCUCCUGUAUGUUUGCCCGUGCUGUUUUCGCUACACACCUCUGAAAGAACAAUUCAUUCAACACCUUGCCCACCACCGCCGUCUCCGCUCUGAAAACCUUGAACCAGACCAACCUGUCCCACCAUCCGCAUUCAAGGUCUACGAAUGGGACGGGUAUGCGGUCUGGGAAAUAGACGGCGAGAAGGAAAAACUCUACUGCCAGAAUUUGAGUCUGUUCGGGAAGUUGUUCUUGGAGCAGAAAAGUGUCUUUUUUGAUACCGCAGGAUUCAAGUACUACGUCCUGACGUAUACGAAGCCUGAGAAUCCCACCCCAUCACCAACACCUGCGACAACCAAGACCCGAGGACGGAAACAAAGGAGCACGUCGGCGAAUACCUCAGAGGAAGAUGGCGCCCUCUACCGCACGCGCGUGUUGGGAUUCUUUUCCAAGGAGAAUCUCUCGUGGGACUCGAACAACCUCGCGUGCAUAUUAAUCUUCCCUCCCUUUCAGCAUCGGCAGCUAGGCCAGCUGCUGAUGGCCGUCUCGUACAAGCUUAGCGGGUGGGAAUGGGAAGGCGGGGUAAUUGGCGGCCCCGAAAAGCCCUUGAGCGCCAUGGGCCGGAAGUCAUACCUUAGGUUUUGGUCCGAACGCAUUGCGCGGUUUCUGAUGGGCCAGACGGCGGAUGCGGACGCCAAAAGGGUUUUCGACCAAGCCAAGGUGGGUGGCAGGAAGAGAAAGACAAUUCAAUCAAGAAAGGAGGAGAUGACUGUCAAGGAGAUUGGGGAUAGGACCGGAAUGCUGGGAGAGGAUGUAGUCGCUGCGCUGACAGAGAUGGGCCUGUGUAAAGUGGUAGCGCCUAAGAGGAAGAAGGCAAAGUCUUCCACGCCCGAGGUGAACGGGAUGGCAUCCGCGAGUUUCGCUCAUGGGGCGGAAAUUGACCCAGAAGAAUUGGCAACUGUGGUCAUCAAUCGCUCAAGCAUAGUGGAGUGGGCGGAGAAGAACGGCGUCGACCUGAGAAGCCCCGUCAAAGAGGAAGGAUUCCUGGGUGAGUGGGCAUUGAGCGAUCUUGCUGAAUCCGACAACAGUCAAGCUGUGUCCAGCGAGGAAGAUAGGGAUGGUUGA